AUGGGGGGCUGGAGGGGGCCCGCGGCAGCGCUCGGGCGGGCGGACUACUUGACGUGUCGGUGCGGCGAAUUUAUUUCACUUUGCCUAAGGAACGGGGUGUGCUGCGGCACCCAUUGCCUAGGGAAAAAACCCGGAUCGCUGCAGCCCGGCUCCCGUGCAGCCGCAGCCGAGGCGAGGCCGGAGCCCGCUGCGGCCCCCCCAACUCCGCGACCCGAGCCCAACUCCCCCUCCCGCCGGCAGGAACUGCAAAGGGGCUCCGGAGUGGCCCCAACUCCCUCCAGUGCAACAGCAGUUUUCAGGGGGGGAAAGCCGCGAGGGCAGAAACGAGGAGAAGCAAUGGGGAGGCACUGCAAUGAGAGAGCGUGGUCCAGGCAACAGGAGAAAGAUGCAACCUCAAGUCGAAAUGCAACAUGCAAUCCCCGGCAGCCGCUCACCCGCUCCCUCCCCUCGCCACCCCGCCCCCUUUCCAAAUAA